AUGUGGCGCACGAAUGCAAGGGCAUGGGUUACGCGGCAGUUCUUUACAGAUUUGGUAAACCUCGUCUUCGGUCUUUCUGUGAAGGAAUAUCUUCAAAAGAAUAACCUCCCACUGAAAGCCUUAUUAAUUUUGGAUAAUGCUCCGGCCCACCCACCUGGCCUUCAAGAUGACAUUCUCGAGGAGUUCCAGUUUGUGAAAGUCCUCUACCUCCCACCCAACACUUCUUCCAUCUUGCAACCAAUGGAUCAGCAGGUCAUUGCAAAUUUUAAAAAGCUUUUCACAAAGCACUUGUUCCGCCGAUGCUUUGAGGUGACAGAGAGCACCAAGCUUACCCUUCGAGAGUUUUGGAAAGAGCAUUACAAUAUCGUUGUAUGUUUACGUAUCAUUGACUCGGCAUGGCAAGAGGUAACGAGACGAACCUUGAACUCGGCAUGGAAAAAGCUAUGGCCUGAUGCUGUUUCAGAGAGGGACUUCGAAGGGUUCGAACCCCAAGCAACGGUGGAGGAGAUUGUGUCCCUCGGAAAGUCGAUGGGUCUGGAGGUAAAUGAGGGCGACGUCAACGAACUCAUCGAGGAACAUGAGGAGGAACUCUCAAUUGAGGAGUUGAAGGAGCUGCAGGUGAUGCAACAUACGAAGGCCCUGCAAGAGAUUAGUAGCAGUAGCGAGGGGGAGGAAGAGGCGGAGGAAGUGAUUCCUACAAGUCAAAUUAAAGACAUGUUAGCAAUGUGGGAAUCACUUUCGAGUUUCACUGAACUGAACAGAAACAUCCAGAAAAAGUUUCGACUAGUCGUCUGCUUCAGCGUUACUUUAAUGACACUUGUUUGA